CCGGACACCGUUUCUGGAUGUAUCCAUACCAAAAACUACGUUUAACUGGCGGCGUGCGGAAAAUCAACUGAUUGCACGUGAGUAAGUGGGAGAGGAGAAAAGCUCUCAAAAGCUUUUCUAUACAUUUCCAGGGCUGCGGGACUUACGAUCGAUGGAAUCAGCUCCAAUUUAAUAUUUAGGGAAUUUUAAAAUAACUUACCAAGUCAGACGCCUCAAAAGUUUCGCCAAAGUAAAGGCGGUAAAAGCCAAAAAAAGGUGUUGGCAUGGGUUGCAAAAUAAAAUUCCUGAUCAUUGCCGUUGCCUUCUUGGCCUGCGCCUUUGCCGAUGUUUCGGAGCUGUCCGGCUACGAGUACCAGCAGCCCGCUCCUGCCCCCGUGGAGACCUACAUCCCCCCUGCACCACCAGCCCCCGCACCCGCCCCCAUUGAGACCUACAUUCCCCCCGCACCUCCGGCACCCGAAUACAUCCCCCCAGCCCCCGUCCAGGCCGAGGAGCCCAUCAUCGAGGAGAUCGAGCAGCCCGCCGAGGACGGAUACCGCUACAAGACCGUCCGUCGUCGUGUCUUCCGUCACCGCAAUUAAGUCCCUGGAAGCCAAUCGUUAUUGUUAAUUUGUUGACUCGAGUGUAAUUGCUGAAUAGUACCGUCCUCAGAAAUUCACUUGGAGAUUAAAAAUUAUGAGAAAUUGUAACUGAA